AUGAAACAGCUGUUGACUUUGUAGUUAGUAAAACACAAAAGUUUCGAGUUGUAUUAUUGCACGGCAAAUUUAUUGUAGAACCAUCUGUUAAGUUCCUUAGUGCACCAGGCUUUGGAUACAUAAUAAUGCAUUCUCAAUAUAUCGCAGUGCAUGGCGGCAGCAGAGACAUGCACAAUCGUUGCUGUGGCGGACGUGCUUGGUGUGUGAAGGACAUUUGCGGCAUUGUCUGUGCCGUGUUCACCUGGCUGCUGAUAUUGUUUGCGGAAUUUGUCGUAAUGCGCGUCAUAUUGCUGCCGAGUCCCUAUCCGGUCUUCAGCGGUAUAAAUAUAAUAAUAUUCCAAGCACUUGCCUUUCUCGCUUUUGCAUCGCACAUACGCACUAUGUUGUCAGAUCCUGGCGCAGUUCCCCGGGGCAAUGCAACAAAAGAAAUGAUCGAGCAGAUGGGCUAUCGUGAAGGUGAGAUGUUUUUCAAAUGUCCGAAAUGCUGCAGCAUCAAACCGGAACGCGCACAUCAUUGCUCAGUAUGUCAACGUUGCAUACGUAAAAUGGAUCAUCAUUGUCCAUGGGUAAAUAAUUGUGUAGGAGAAAAUAAUCAAAAGUACUUCGUACUUUUUACGUUUUAUAUUGCCGCCAUAUCGAUACAUGCCAUGUUUUUGGUUGUCACCGAAUUUGCCCAAUGCGUUAACACUGAAUGGCGUCAAUGUUCACCUUAUUCACCACCGGCAACUAUAUUCUUAUUGCUGUUCCUAUCAUUUGAAGCAUUGCUAUUUGCAAUUUUCACACUUAUAAUGCUGGCUACGCAAUUAACUGCCAUCUUUAAUGACCAAACGGGUAUUGAGCAAUUGAAAAAGGAAGAAGCUCGUUGGGUAAAAAAAUCUCGUUUAAAAAGCAUUCACUCAGUAUUUGGACGUUUUUCGCUGGCCUGGUUCUCACCAUUCACUAAACCGUCAUGGCAAACAAAAUUUAAUUCACAUUUUUAUUCCGUUUAGAAUGCUCCAGUUUUUGUGAAACAAAAGCACGUCAACAUUUCUUUAAGUAACCAAAUCGAAAGAAAGGAAAAAAAGUCUCAUUAAUAGCAAGUUCGAAGAGCGGCGACGAUUUAGCCGGGCCCGUCCGUUUGCAUGUUAAUAAUCUAUAAGCAAUAGUUAUUCAACUUUUAAAUGGCUCAAAAUAUGUGAAAAGUGCUUGCAACUAUUCUGCGGCAAGAAUGAUUUAGCAAUACAUAUACGUAUGUAUGCACAUAUACGAGUAUACGCAUAUAUGUAUACUUUUUAGUUCAGUAGCCAAAGAGCAAAUCUUGAUUUUGUUUAAGCGUAAAAUAUGUGAAAUCAGAACCCGGUUUUCCACUUUGCUUUGCAAAAACGUAAUAUCAUUACUUUAGCUUUACGAAUUUUAUGUUAAGAAUAAAUGCGAAUCUAUUUGUUUAUAUGUAAGUUGACAUUCAGUAAAGAGUAAAGUCUGCUGAAAAAAUUAAUUAAUACGAUAUACUAAAUUUAUGCCUAUAUGAAGAGGAUUGAUUACAAAUGCCACAAUUUCGAACCGUAUACUUAUUUUUGGUUUGGAUUUAGGCGGCUUACUACACUUAAUGCAAUAAGAAUUUAAAUAAAAUGUGUCACAGAAUUCCGUGUUAGGUUGUGAGGUUAGGUUAUGGUGGUAGUCGAUCUGUACGACCAACUCACUUAGACCUUACAGGUCCGUUGUGAUACCACUGUGCGACACGGAAACCUCAUUUAUUUUUCUUCGUGAAAAUAUUUUGUGGCACUUGUGAAGUGGAAGGAUUGGCCCAAUCCCCACACCACACCAGUGUUGAAACCGGAAAAAAAAUUUUACAAAAAAAAAAGCAAAUUCAAAAACUAACUUCAUAUACCUUUGAGUGCCACAAACAAAAAAAUAGUGCAUUAAUUUAUUAUCUAAGUGAUGUUGAUUGCUCAUCACUUUGAGCGCACUUAUGCGGUUGGCAUUGAGGUUUUAAGUAAUGAGCAAAGUGCUCCACAAAUGGUUUGAACAAUUUUAACUACAUAAUUCCAAAAGCGUUCAAUAUAACUUAAUUUGUUCCAUUUUUUUUACAAGAAUAUCCGAUACAUUUUUGCAUUUUUUGGGAUCCGAAAAUUUGAAGUUUUGAUAGAAAGGAAAUGUUUAAUACUUGAAAUAUAAAAAAGGCCACCUUUAAUAUUUCAUUCAUCACACUUGGAAGUCACUCAUUUUUUUAUGUUUGCUAUUAACUAUAUAUACAUACAUACAUACGCUGCAAUAAUAAAUCUAAUUUCUAAUUAUUUCAGUUAUCGAUCAUCCACACGACAAAAAAUAAUUUUACCUUGACUUUAAGCUUUAAAUAUAAAACUAUGACUGUAUUUUUAA